AUGCAGAACAUGCUUUCCAGAGAGACCCAAACUUAGCAAAACCGUCCAUCUUGAAAACCUGGUAGAGCUGCUGAAACUGGAAGAAGUGCCCCCAGGGGUCCCAGAAGUGGAGAUGAGGAAGGCAGUUGAUUCUCAGGCAAGGAAAUGCCCCAGUCAUGGCCGGCCCUUGGAGCUUUACUGUGUAACUGAGAAACGCUGCAUCUGCUGUGUGUGCACCGUGAGAAGCUGCCAAAAGCACAAGAGGGCUCUCUUCGAAGAGGGACGGAAAGCUCAAGAAGAGUCAAUCAAGGAAACCUUGGAAGAAAAACGGAAAGCGGCAGAAAGAAUUGCGGCAGAAAUACAGAAACUGGAGCAGCAGAUGAACCAUGUUAGAGUUUUCUCAAUGAAGUUCAGUUCAGGAAAUUUGCAAAAGUUUGAUCAUCUCGUGGAAACCCUAAAAGAAUGCCAGAAGAAGGUGUUGAAGAUGGCAACAAGUGAGCAUGCUGCUUUGCUAAAGCAAAUGGAGGAGAACCGGAAUUGCCUACAGCAUCAUUUGGAGACUGUCACGCAAUACAACAGGACAGCGGAAGGGCUGCUGAGCUGUGCGGAUGAUAUUGUGUUUCUUGAAGAGCAACAUCUCCUCGCUCCACCUAGUAAAUUGGAAGCUCCUCCAGUCAUUCAAUUUGAUUUGGAUAACAGUGCACAUACCGUCACCAAGUUCUUCACUGAAUUCUUCAGGGUUUUGGAGGAACUUCAGUCAAAUCUUUUGAAUCCACAAAUAGCUGGCAGAAAAAUCAGACUUGAGCCAAACGUAUUUGUGAAGAGGAUGCCUGGACUUUAUCUCUUAGAGAAUGAACUAAGGACAAAGCUUCUAAAGGGUAAGAAACUGGGCUAAUAAGUGGGGUCUCA